GCGAAGAAGACUCAAAGAAAGAUCAGAAGACAAAGAAGAACAAGAAGAAAGACGAGGACCAGGCCAGUGAAGAUGGCAGUGACAGUGGUCGAGUCAGUAAGACGGUUUUGGAACGAUGGAGGGAGUCUGUUCAGUCCUGCUCCAGUCUGUCUCAGGUGUUUGUUCACCUGUCCAGUCUGGAGCGAAGCGUCCUCUGGUCUCGCUCCGUCCUCAACGCUCGCUGUCGCAUCUGCCGACGCAAAGGAGACGCCGACAACAUGCUGCUGUGUGACGGCUGCGACCGAGGACACCACACGCACUGUCUCAGGCCGCGCCUCAAGUCGGUUCCAGAGGGAGACUGGUUCUGUCCAGACUGUCGACCCAAACAGAGAUCCAGCCGCCUGCCGUCCCGUCAGCGCUCCUCUAUCGACGAGGAGGAGGAAGAAGAAGAGGAGGGAGAUGGAGAACAGGAGGAGGAGGAGGAGGAGGAGUCAGAAGAGGAAGAGGAGGAGUCAGAGGAAGAAGAGGAGUCGGAAGAGGAAGAAGAGGAAGUAGUGAGCACCAAGAAGAGCCCGGCCCCGCCCCCUAAAGGCAAAUCUCAACAGGCCCCGCCCCCUAAAGGCAAGAGUCAACAGGCCACGCCCAAAGGUCAACAGGCCACACCCAAAGGUCAACAGACCACACCCAAAGGUCAACAGGCCACGCCCAAAGCUCAACAGGCCACGCCCAAGAACAGCACUGCUGCCUCCGCAGGGAAAACCUCUUCAGCCUCCAAGUCGUCGGGUAAGAAGGCCACGCCCCCUCCAGUGAAGGCCACCUCGUCUGCAGGUAAAGCUCCGCCGCGCUCCGGGAGCCGGAGCAGCGCCCGUCGGAGCAACGAGAUCCACAACGGAAACGCCAAAACCUCACCUGGUCAGAGCGAGAACCGCAAGAGACCGCCCACAGCUCCGCCCCCAGACGUGGCUCCGCCUCCCAAGCCCCCCCGACCCGUCCUCCCCCCCGCUGCCUCCUCCUCCUCCUCGUCUUCGUCCAGCCGGCGCUCCUCCGGCCGUAACCAUGGCGUCCACGAACUGUCAGCCUGUGAGCAGCUGGCGGUGGAGCUGGUCAGACACCCAGACAGCUGGCCCUUCAUGAAGCUGGUCUCCAGGACUCAGGUCCCUGACUACUAUGACAUCGUCAAGAAGCCGAUCGCUCUCAGCACCAUCAGAGAGAAAGUCAACAACUGUGAAUACCAGACAGCAGGUGAGUUUGUCUCUGAUGUGGACCUGAUGUUCUCUAACUGUCUCCAGUAUAACCCUCGCCACACCAACGAGGCGAAGGCGGGACUGCGCCUGCAGCAGUUCUUCCACGGGGAGCUCAGCAGGCUCGGCCUAUCAGAUCGCAGCAGGCUCGGCCUAUCGGAGCGCAGCAGCCCGGCUCCGCCUGCCAAACGCUCCCGACACUGAAUCAAACGCACCCUCUGACCUCACCGCUGCCGUCCACUCUGCCGAUCGGUCCCUCCGGAUGACCUCUGACCCCUGCCACCAGCAUCCAAUCACAACAGGGGUCAGAGGUCAGAGGUCAGGACCGGUCCAGAAGGUUUUGAGGUCCUGUGAGUCGAUGAAACUGAAGACUUCUCGUAGCGGCGUUCAGGACUUUACUUCCUUUACAUCCGGUCACAGAGGACAUGGAGCAGACAUUCCUGAGGUGCUGUAGGACCUAGAGACAGACAGACAGACAGACAGACAGACAGACAGACAGACAGUAGAGACAGACGGUAGAGAGAGAGAGAGAGAGACAGACAGACAGAUCGUAGAGACAGAC